CCAAUAGGCAGCGAACACGGCGGGAGGUGAUUCGAUAGUACAAGGUUGCGGAGAAAAAGUGGGGCAGAUAAGCCACAGCUGAGGGACGCGCCAGUGAGUGAACGUUGUCGGUGGAGGGACAGAGAAGGAUAAUGGCGAGAGCUUUGCUCGGUGUCGUUGUUUGUACAAUGUUAGUUACAGCAAACAGUAUGUACUCAUCCGGCGAUGAUGUCGUAGAGUUAACACCAGCAAAUUUUAACAGUGAAGUUAUCCGAAGUGACAGUUUAUGGCUUGUGGAAUUUUAUGCUCCCUGGUGUGGCCACUGUCAACGAUUGACACCUGAUUGGAAGAAAGCAGCCACUGCCUUAAAGGGUGUUGUGAAAGUGGGAGCUGUAGACGCAGACAAACAUCAGUCCUUGAGUGGCCAAUAUGGUGUGCGAGGAUUUCCGACCAUCAAGAUAUUUGGAUUAAAUAAGAACAAGCCUGAAGAUUAUCAGGGAGGGAGGACAAGUGAAGCUAUAGUUGAUGCAGCAUUAAGUGCCCUGAGACCAUUUGUGAAAGAAAGACUUAGUGGAAGAAGUGGUGGAUCUGACUCUGGAAAACAGUACAGAUCGGAUAGUAGUGGCAGCAGUGGUGGUAAAAAAGAUGUAAUUGAACUAAAUGAUGACAACUUUGAUAGCCAAGUGUUAAACAGCGACGAUGUGUGGCUUGUAGAGUUUUAUGCUCCUUGGUGUGGACACUGCAAAAAUUUGGAGCCGGAGUGGGCAGCUGCUGCUUCUGAAGUUAAAGAACAAACAAAAGGAAAAGUAAAACUAGCAGCCGUAGAUGCCACUGUCUCCCAGACCUUAGCUAGUCGCUAUGGGGUAAGAGGAUUCCCCACCAUUAAGAUUUUCCAGAAGGGAGAGGAUCCAGUUGAUUAUGAUGGUGGAAGAACAAAAGCUGAUAUUGUUGCUCGGGCUCUUGAUUUGUUCUCUGAGAAUGCUCCACCACCAGAGCUUCUGGAGAUCUUAAAUGAAGAUGUUGUGAAGAAGACUUGUGAAGAACACCAGUUGUGCAUUGUGUCUGUAUUGCCUCACAUCCUUGACACAGGUGCUGCUGGAAGAAACUCUUAUUUGGAAGUGUUACUAAAAAUGGCUGAGAAAUACAAGAAGAAGAUGUGGGGGUGGUUGUGGACAGAGGCUGGUGCUCAAAUGGACCUUGAAACAUCUCUUGGAAUUGGCGGAUUUGGAUACCCUGCCAUGGCUGCUGUUAAUGCAAGAAAGAUGAAGUUUGCACUGCUUAAAGGGUCUUUUAGUGAACAGGGAAUCAAUGAGUUCUUAAGAGAGCUGUCAUUUGGCCGGGGAUCAACUCAACCUGUGGGUGGAGGAGCAAUUCCUAAAAUUAACAAAGUAGAGCCAUGGGAUGGAAAAGAUGGAGAGCUUCCAGUUGAAGAUGAUAUCGAUCUGAGCGAUGUGGAUCUUGAUGACAUUGAGAAAGAUGAACUGUAAUGAGUCAAAAAUACCUCCUUGUUUUGUUACAUCCCUCUUCUUUGAAGAGUUUAAAGUUUGUGGGCAUCAGUCUAUUCUUAAUAUUGGAUGGGACCUGCGAUGCCUUUUUUAAACUAAAUAAUUAACAAAUAUGCACUUGGACAGAAGGGUCGCAACUGUAACCAUAAACGUUUCUUUGUGGGAGAACACUGAAAAAAAAUUCUAUGAAUUGUUGUAACAGUGAAUUUCAUUGUAUUAUGUUUAGAUUUUGCAAGUUGCUGUUAAACCGGUUUUGAGGGUUGUAUAGGAAGAAACUGAAUGACAUAAUGAUAAUGGGAUACCUGGGUUUUGUAUCACAGUUUAUCAAAAAAAGUUUUGGUAUGUUUUCAUUUGCUUACACUGCAAAAGUUUUUGUUUGUUUUUAUUAUUUGUUCAGGUUUUAUGUUGGGUAUUUUCAUCUGCAAAUUCAACAUCUUGACAAAAGUUAAAAUAAAAUAUUUUUUGAAAUA